AAAAAAUUAAAUUUUAUCUAUGUAGCUAUAUGGUUUUUCGAAACCAUAUAUAUACAUCGAAUUCAUAGUUACUUAUUCACAUACUUGGUUUGCAUAGUGUUGCUUGCCAGUGGUCGGUCUGUGAACAAUUAGAAGUCUAUAAAAAGCAAAUCGAGAAGAUGAAGCUGCAUAUUUUCGGAUUUCUCUUGCUGUUCUUCCUUUUUAACGCUUCAAUCAAUUCUGCAGAAGAGACGAAACAUGAUAUAAAAGUAAAAGUUAAUGCAUUAGCAGAAGCUAACAAUUAUUUAGCACUCAAACUUUACAAGCAGUUAUCAAAUGGAUAUACUAAAAACAUCUUCUUUUCCCCACUGAGCUUGUCUAUGGCAUUUGGAAUGCUUUUCCAUGGGGCAAGAAAUAAUACAAUGGAAGUCCUUAGGAAUGCAUUGGGCUACGAAGCAGCGGGCUUAAAUUCUGAUGAAGUAUCAGAUUUGUUUUAUCAUCUUUUAGAAGAAGAACUCCCUCCUGCUGAUACUAAAAAUCCUGCAUACCUAUUGGAAAUUGCCAAUCAAAUACUAAUCAAAGAUGGAUUACAUUUAAAUGAGGCGUUUAAAGAAGAAUUAAAUAAUCUUUUCCACGCACCAAUUGAAGAAGUGAAUUUUGGGAAGGAUUCUUCUGAAAUAAUAAAAAGCGUCAAUCAAUGGGUCGAUGAAAAAACUCACGGUAAAAUCACGAACCUGCUUCAGCAGCUUGAUCCAGGAACUGCUCUUCUCCUUCUGAAUGCUGUUUAUUUUAAGGGUAACUGGGAAAAACAAUUUAACCCAAAAGUUACAAAUGACCAAUCAUUUUUCAAUGAUGGCGUGGAGGCAAAUGCUAAGCCAGUUCCUUUCAUGCACAUGACAGAUGUAUUUAAAUAUGCCUCAACUGGUGACGCACAAGUAAUCGAGCUACCAUACGAAGGAAACAACAUAAGUAUGAUGGUUUUACUACCUAAAAAGCUUGAUGGAUUAUUGGCCGUAGAAGAGAAUUUAACUUAUGAAAAAAUAGCCUCUGUACGAAAGCAGCUUUCUAAGAUAAAAGUUGUUCUUUCGCUUCCAAAAUUCAAGGUUGAUUAUUCACGAGACAUGACUGGUGAUUUUAAGGCUGUUGGCGCAGGUGAGGCUUUUGACCCUUCGAAAGCCAAUUUCACGGGUAUUGCUGAUGCAGGUCUAUAUGUCAGCCAGGUUAUACACAAAGCAGCUGUUGAAGUAAAUGAAGAAGGAAGUGAAGCAGCUGCUGCGACGGCUGUUAUUAUGCCUAUGAUGGCAAGACCCAUGCCUCUACCUCCUGUCAUGGUGUUCAACGCAAACCACCCAUUUCUAUUUGCAAUUAUGGACAACAGGAAUGAAAUGAUUAUGUUUGCAGGCCGUGUCAAUGAGUUAUAAAGUAUUCAUUGCGAAAAAUAUGCAAUUAAUCAAUGUAACAUUAUUAAAUAAAAAAUAUUUAUUUUUA